AUGAGCCAGUUGGCCCAUGGUUUGCCUGGCCCGCAGCACCCCACAAUUAGAAUUGUCAAAGCUGUGCAAAUGAAGCAGCAGCAGAGGGACCCCGUGCAGCUGAAGGUUCCCCCACCGGAAGAGGAAAAUCCCUGGGUGAAAUGUCAAAACUGUGGUGCCUUUGGACAUAGCUCCAGGAGUAAGAGGUGUCCAAUCAAAUCUGACCUUGGCUCCAUCACGCUCAUGCCCUUGGGCCUCAAGAAAGAGAAAAUGAAAGAGAACCAGAAACCACUGAAUCUCCAGAGGCCACGACUCUUGGACCAGGCUAAAAGAUACAAGGAACAGACAAGAUGGUUAGCAGAGCAGCAGGGAAAGGCUGUACUCCAGGCAGUUUCCAGGAGGCACCAGGAGGAGGAAAAGCAUAAUUGGCCGGAAGUGACUGCGCCCUGUGCCUAUCUGAGGCCACUCAAAAUGGUCUUCACAAGAUUGCACCAUGACAUGUGGGCCUCCAGCUUCCUGCCCCUUCCUUCACCUCACAGUACAGAGAAGAUCAGCCCUUCUGCCAGCAAAUUUCUUUUGCUGGAUAAGGCUGAGGGGCACAGCUCUGGGGUCCCCCACAGUGUCCUGCAUGAGAAUCUUAGGCUCUCAUCCCUCUGA